AUGACUGCUUUACAUCUGGCGUCAUUUAACGGGCAUGAGCGGGAGGUUGAGUUUUUGCUUUCUCUUGGUGGAAAGGACAUUAAUUCGACCGAUAGCACUGGAACCUAUCCCAUUAUCUCGGCCUCUCAGAAUGGUUAUGAGAAGGUCGUGCAGUCGCUACAGGAGAAGGGCGCUGACGUCAACGCUCAAGGUGGACUGUAUGGGAAUGCUCUCCAAGCUGCGUCUUCGAGAGGACACGAUAAGAUUGUGCAGCUCCUGCUGGAGAAGGGCGCUGAGGUCAACGCCCAAGGUGGAUGGUAUGAGAAUGCGCUCCAAGCUGCGUCUUCGAGAGGACACGAUAAGAUUGUGCAGCUCCUGCUGGAGAAGGGCGCCGAGGUCAACGCCCAAGGUGGACACUAUGGGAAUGCUCUCCAAUCUGCGUCUUUGGAAGGACAUGAUAAGAUUGUACAGCUCCUGCUGGAGAAGGGCGCUCAGGUUAACGCCCAAGGUGGACGGUAUGAGAAUGCGCUCCAAGCUGCUUCUUCGAGAGGACAUGAUAAGAUUGUGCAGCUCCUGCUAGAGAAGGGCGCUGAGCUCCUGCUGGAGAAGGGCGCUCAGGUCAACGCCCAAGGUGGACGGUAUGAGAAUGCGCUCCAAGCUGCGUCUUCGAGAGGACACGAUAAGAUUGUACAGCUCCUGCUAGAGAAGGGCGCUGAGGUCAAUGCUCAAGGUGGAGAGUAUGGAAAUGCUCUCCAAGCUGCGUCUCUACGAGGAUAUAAUAAGAUCGUGCAAUUGCUGCUAGAAAAGGGAGCUAGAGUCAAUAAGCAAGAUGGACACUUCGGAAUUGCUUUCCAGGCUACGUCUACUGGAAGAUAUGAUGAGAUUGCGCAGUUGCUGCUUGAAAAAGGAGCUGGACGCAAUGUUCGAGGUGGAAGCUUUGGAAAUGCUCUCCAGGCUGCGUCUUACGGGGGGCAUGAUGGAAUUGUGCAGUUGCUACUAGAAAAAGGAGCUAGAGUCAAUAAGCAAGGUGGACACUUUGGAAAUGCUUUCCAGGCUGCGUCUUUUGGAGGAUAUGAUAAGAUUGUGCAGUUACUGUUUGAAAAAGGAGCUGGGAUCAAUGUCCAAGGCGGAUACUUUGGAAAUGCUCUCCAGGCUGCGUCUUAUGGGGGGCAUGAUAAAAUUGUGCAGUUACUGCUAGAAAAAGGAGCUAGGCUCAAUAAGCAAGGUGGAUUCUAUGCAACUGCUCUUCAAGCUGCGUCUUACGGAGGACAUGAUGAGAUUGUGCAGUUCCUACUGGAAAAGGGAGCUGAGAUUAAUGCCCAAGGUGGAGAGUAUGGGAAUGCCCUCCAAGCUGCGUCUUCGAGAGGACACGAUAAGAUUGUGCAGCUCCUGCUGGAGAAGGGAGCUGAGAUUAAUACCCAAGGUGGAGAGUAUGGGAAUGCCCUCCAAGCUGCGUCUUCGAGAGGACACGAUAAGAUUGUGCAGCUCCUGCUGGAGAAGGGAGCUGAGAUUAAUACCCAAGGUGGACAGUAUGGGAAUGCUCUCCAAGCUGCGUCUUACAGAGGACAUGAUACGAUCGUGCAGUUGCUACUGGAAAACGGAGCUGAGAUUAAUACCCGAGGUGGACACCAUGAGAGUGCUCUCCAAGCUGCGUCCUACAGAGGACACGAUAAGAUUGUGCAGCUCCUGCUGGAGAAGGGAGCUGAGAUCAAUGCCCAAGGUGGAUUCUAUGGGAGUGCUCUCCAAGCUGCGUCGUUGGAAGGACACAAUAAAAUCGUAGAGUUGCUGUUGGAGAAAGGAGCUCAGAUCAGUGCCCAAGGUGGAUUCUAUGGGAAUGCUUUUCAAGCUGCGUCUUACAGAGGACAUGAUAAGAUUGUGCAGUUACUUCUUGAGAAAGGAGUCGAUGUAAACGCCCAAAGUGCAAGUUUUGGAAAUGCUCUCCAGGCUGCGUCUGCUGGAGGAAACGUUACGAUUGUGCAGUCGCUACUAAGAAAAGGAGCUCAGAUCAAUGCCCGAGGUGGAGACUAUGGUAGUGCCCUCCAAGCUGCGUCUUUGGAAGGACAUGAUAAGAUUGUACAACUCCUGCUUGAGAAGGGCGCUGAGGUCAACGCCCAAGGUGGAGAGUAUGGGAAUGCCCUCCAAGCUGCGUCUUCGAGAGGACACGAUAAGAUUGUGCAGCUCCUGCUGGAGAAGGGCGCUGAGGUCAACGCCCAAGGUGGAUGGUAUGAGAAUGCGCUCCAAGCUGCGUCUUACAGAGGACACGAUAAGAUUGUACAGCUCCUGCUAGAGAAGGGCACUCAGGGUGGAGAGGAUGGAAAUACUGUCCAAGGUGCGUCUUUGGUAGAAUAA